AUGUCAAAUGUUUUUCUUUAUGAAAAUAUUUCCGUAGGUCAACCAUGUACACUACAAUUUCUACCUGCACUUCAAAUCAUAACAAUGCCCGAAAAUACUCAACCGGGAAAUCUGGUUGCUCGCUUACAAAUUACUGGUUCACCCUCCGAAAUCUCCACACGACUGAUUUAUAAUAGUUCAGAUGUAAAAACCAAUGGAACCGAUUAUUUUACCUUAAAUUUCACUGAUUUAUAUUUACGUUCUCCCUUGGAUUAUGAAUGGUGGACAUCGAAUGGUUUUCCCAAUCCCUUUCGUUUUAUAGUCGAAUGUAUAGUUUUAUCCGAUCGAUCGAUUCAUGAUAUUGACUUUCAACUUGAUCUCAUCGAUAUUAAUGAUAAUCCUCCGACAUUUUCUCAAUCAAUCUAUCAUAUAAAUCUAACUGAAACAACUUCGGUCAACACCAUUGUAUCCACCGCAAUCACAGCUACCGAUCCGGAUUCGGGAGCCUCGGGUACAUUUUCAUACUCUUUACAGAAUAAUCUCUCGUCAUAUGCGUCAUAUUUUCGAUUGGUAAGCUCAACAAAUGCUAGUCUGAUAUUAGUUCGACCACUUGAUUAUAAUUCAAUGGUACCAAACUUUAAUUUAAUCAUUGUUGCACAAGAUAACGGCAAUCCACCAUUGUCAUCGCAAACUAUUGUUUCAAUACAUCUCAUCGAUGUGGAUAACUUAGAUCCGAAAUUUCGAAUAUCCACGUCGUAUAAUCUAAACAUUUCUAUCGACACAACUAUUGGUUACGAAGUAGUGCCGAAAGAAGGACGAAUCUUUGCGUAUGAUCAAGAUUUUGGAAUCAAUGCAACGAUCAUCUAUUCAUUUUCCACAUCGAAUAUGUACUUUAAUAUUGAUAAAUACACAGGUGUUAUUACUCUUCAAUCGAAUUUGGAUUCAAUAGCUCAGUUCGAUCUGUUAAUUAAAGCUGAACAAGAAAAUAAUCCGAAUCGAUUUGCAACAACUGUGUUACAUGUAAAUAUCUAUGAGUUAAAUCUGUAUCCACCAAGGUUUCUUUCUUCGCCUUACAUCAUGGUCGGAUAUACAAUGAAUAAUCUCGAUCAGAUACCAACAGUCAAUGGAACUGUUAGUGAUAUGGAUGCGAAUCCGAGAUUAGUGUAUAGUUACUCGUGUGAUUCAUCAUCGCUUAAUUUGCAAAUUGUAAAAACUAGUCUUCGUCAAUUUCGAUUACAACUAACGAAUUUUCAAAAUCUUCCUGUUUGUCAAACAUGUAUCUGUGUUUUGAAUGUUUCUGAUGGACAAUAUUCAGAUCAGACCGACCUUCAUGUUUAUCUCUAUACACCCUUAGCCUUCCUAAUGAAUUCAUAUCUAUUGUCAGCCGACUAUCCACUUAAUGAUUCUCUCUCAAACAUUGGUACAAUUCAAAUCAUUAAAGAUAAUCGUUGUCAAGUGCAAUAUUCCAUCAUUGGUCCAUAUGAUUCUCUCUUCUCAAUUUCUUCCACAGGUAAUCUAACUUGGUCCAAUACAUCUACAUCACCGAUUCAAGAAGCUUAUCAAUUUCAAAUCACUGUUCAACAAGUCUGUUCAACUUUAAAAAUGAAUCUUUCCACUGAUGUUAUUGUAACAAUUCGCAAUUUACCAUCAAACUCAUAUCCAGCAUCAACGAUUGGUACAUCUCGAUCCGCAGACAAUAGUACAACUUAUGCGAUCAUAGCAAGUGUCAGUGCAUUUAUCCUUAUUAUCAUUGCAAUAUUAUUUAUUGUUAUUUAUUAUAAUAUCCAACGCGCUAAACAUCGCGUUCCACCAUUUUUCAAAAUCAGUCAGAAUUCAUCAGCGCAAGGAAUAUCAUUUCUGAAAUCAAAAACUCCUAUCGUCGAAUCUUCACCUUAUGCGUUGGGUGUACGUGAUGACGAUUCAUCACAUAGCAGUGAACAAACAACGUCAUCACCAAUUAACAACCGUCUUCUUUCCGGACACUACAAAGUCAGCGAACCACCGAUAAAUACAACGAUCGAAGAAUUACUAUCAACAUACGACAAUCGUUCGACGAGCAGUUCGUCAAGUUCAUCCGAUGUUAGUGAUCGGCCAGCACCGACAAAUACAGGUUCAUUCCGUACAACCAUACGUGAAUCGAACGAACCUCCUACACAUUUGGACACAAUUAAUGAAGACAUGCAAUGGGUUAAUAAUCAACAACAAAGACGUUCAAUGGAUCUCCGACGUCCUGCGAUAUCUGAAGAUGCAAUGGAUAUUAUAUCCGAAUCUCACGAGGUAGUCCAUAGAGUUCAACCAUUAACUAAUGCUUGUAUUGCUUGCUCUAACUCUAAUCAUUUCAUUAAUCAUGUUUGUUCUCAUUGUUAUUCAUUAUUAUCGAGCACGUCAACUCACUUAUUCUUAUCUUCCUCUUCUCCCUCCUCCUCAGGUGCGACAGCCAUUGUUGAUGCUUGUCGACAACAAACAACAGCAGCAGCAACAGUUGAAUCAUCGAUCAGUGGUGUUGGAACCGAUCUUGGAACAUCAGCAUCAGCCUUAUUACAGCAAUCUAAUGCGAGAAACAUUCACAGUCGACAUUUGAACGAGUAUUUGACAGUUUUUGUAUAA